UCUUUUGAAUGCGGCAUAUUUGAGUUAUUUUGAACGCGGCAUAAUUUUAUGACGUGGUGACUCAAAUGACGUCACCGCCGUAACAAUCACAUUGGAAUCAAAACAGUGGAACGCUUAUGCAUCAAACGGUGCGGUCGUUCCAUUUAAAAUAAAAUAAUCUCUCACGCGCACAAUCAAAUAAUCCAAACCCAGUCCAGACAACUACGCAAAAACUGUCCGUCUGUGUGUAUAACCUGUAGCUAACAGCAAGCAAACGCCUCUGGCUUUUGAUUUGAGAACUGUUUGCAAAGUGUUUGGUGACAGGAGGGGUGGUGUUCAAUUACCGUCCAGCUCUAGAUCUUAGCUCAUCCUUUGCAAAUAACUCUGCAUGAUCUAACCAGCACACUGUCUGUCAUCCCAAGACCACCUGCCACUCCAGGUCCAAUACACACCCCAGACUGGGACCCUAUGGAGGAGCAGAGGAACCAGUUGCCUCAGCCACUAUAGUGUUUGUGUGUGUGUAUGUGACAGAAAAAGACCCAGCCAGCUCCUGCAAUAGAAACACAUAAUCAGGUCCAUGUGAAGAGCCCUUUACAAUCCACAUCCCAGAGCAGAGCACACACUGGAUUACUCAUCUGUCCCCUGUGGGAGCUCUGCUCCCAAUACACACCAGUCUGUUUGACCUGACAAACACACACACACUAUACACACACACACACACACACAGGGGGACCACCAUAGACUCAGGCAGAGAAGGAUAGACAUACCUCCACACCACACUAAUAAUGUUAUACACAUUCUUGACAAACUUAAUUACACUAAUACGAUAAUCUGGCCAUGGGGUGCCCUUCUAAAGUUACAGAGGGGUUGAGGAGACAGUUGUUAAUGAGUGAGAGGAAAAUAUCUGUCUGUCUGUCUGUCCAUCUGUCUGUCUGUCAGUGAUGUCCAUCAAUUUAUGCCUUUAGAUCAAACAAGACUAGUGCUCCAAUUAGAACAAUAUUAGAUAAUGAAAACUAGAUCAUCAUCCCAGACCCAGACAUAGCUUUAUUUGAUAAAUAAUGCAAAGUUUAGGCUCAAACUGUUUAGAUUUUUAAUUAAAUAAUUCAAGAAUUGACAUAGCCUACUGGAAGCCUAUCAAAGACGUUUGGACUGAAUGACACUGAGGGUGAUACCGCUUAGAUGUCCAUUAGAGAGAGAUUAUCACGUAAUGAAUUACCUUUAUAAGGCACCUCUAUCUGCUAAUCUAUUGGCGUCUAAUCCACCCAUGUUUCAGAUGAAAAUGGGGACAUUAAAAACGAAAUGUGUGUUUUCCUUUCAUGUACGAGGGUCAUCUUUACUGGUCGAUGUGGUGGUGAUGGGUGUGAUAGGUGAGUGAGUGGAGGUGGGGGUUGAGACCAGGUAUCAGGCAGAGGCUAUUAGUCCUUAAAUGGGGCGUUACUUUGUAGCGUCUCCCGCGCAUCCACUGUCUUUGAUGUUGGUCACCACCCCUUUGGACACGUGAAGUGUCCGUCGGGAUGUCACAGCGGGGCUACUAUAUAUAAAGGUGGUCAGUCCUUGUCCUCCUCCAUCGCAACAACGCUACAGGAUUUUACUCUCAUCUCUUUCAGAAAUGGCAUAUUUCCCAAUUUGGCUGCUGUGCGCCUGUGCGAUACUUUCUCUGACGCAUGGCUUCAAUCAGGAGAACCUGAAAGAGGCUAUGCUUCAGAGGCUUGGACAGAAGGAACUCCCAAGGAUCCAUAAAAGGGACUUGGAGAACCUGGUCGUUCCUGGCCACAUCAGAAACAAGUACCUGUCCCUGCUGAAGCUGCACCACGAAAGGAGACGCCGCUCUCUGCCCAGCCUAGCAGGUAUCCUCAGGAGGAUAUCCGGAAACGCAGAUAUAUCGGGGGAGAUUCUUUACUCUGACGCCACCAGAGAGCGGUUGGUUUUCGACAUGGAGGCCAGGGUCCCGGCCAACAGCGAGGUGACCAUGGCGGAGCUCAGACUCUACCAGAACGCCCCUCAUAAACUGCCCCUGGCCGGGAUGAAGAGCCAAAAGCCGGACAACAACGCCCGGGUCAGCAUCUACUGGGUGGAGGUUCUAGAGAACGGCGCCAACCGCUCCUCACUGGUAGACUCAAGGUUGGUGCCAAUCUACGAGACCGGGUGGAAGGGUUUUGAUGUGACGCAGGCGGUACACUACUGGUCGAAGGGACGUCGCGAGGCGCCACUGCGCCUGGAGCUGCGGGUCGAGGGCGAGAGACCAGGAAGCUACGCAGCCGAGAUGGCCAAGAGUGUGCGCUUUACCGCGCAGGACCCCUCUGACCAGACCACGGGAAAGCCUGAGCUUCUUCUCUACACCUUGAACCUGGAGGAAUAUGGUUCCCGCGGUGACUGCCAGUCCAGCAAGCCGAACGGCAUGUGCUGCAGAGAAGACCACUUCAUCAACUUCCGGGAGCUAACUUGGACCCAAUACUGGGUAAUCGAACCUGCGGGCUACCAGGCCUUCCGAUGCACAGGAGGGUGCAAGCAGCCAAAGCGUCAUUAUGGCUACGGAGAACGGCGGUGCGCGGCCACGGAGAACGCGCCGCUACCUAUAAUGUACCUGGUGAAAAAAGGAGACUACACGGAGAUAGAAGUGGCCGAGUUUCCCAACAUGAUAGUGGAGAAGUGCAGAUGUACAAUGGACAAUGUAUCUGUUUGAGAAUGAGGAAUGGGUGCUCUAUCCCUCAAUACAGAGACACCGAGAGAUGCGAGUGCGACUCGGUGACGCACAGUACUUUUUUUCUUCAAACUUCAAUUAUUAUAGGCUAAAAAGGAGAUCUCUUGUUGGUGUGAAUAUUUGAGACAACGGGUAUAUUAGCCGAUCAUUUGUUUUUUGAGCACUUAAAUGUAAAUACGUAGCCUAAUUUAUAUUGCCCAUGCAUGCAUUUAUACUCCUCACAUGACAAAACAAGAUAAAAAGGCAUAAUAUGAAUUAAUUGCACAUUUUCAAAGUAUAUUAAUACAUGUAUUUUUCUUCCACAAAUCCUUUACACAUUGUCACUUCAUUGGUUCAUCUGUUGUCUAUGGGUUUGUCUAUUGAGGGAGAGCGAGCCAGUGUGAAUAAACA